CCCCCUUGCUGCCAUGACAACGGCGCACAGGCCGAGACACCCUGGGGGAACUGUGGGCGGGGCUUGCAGUUCCGACGUCGUCGGGGUGGGUCUUCCCUGGGGGUUUAAUUCUGGCCAAUAAUUUUUCAUUGAGCGCCUAUUGUGAAUCAGGCACUGAGUACUAAGCGUUGGUGAAACAAGUGAAUGGGGCCAAGGACAAGUCCUUUCCUGUGUCGUAUCCUGUGUCUAGGGUAGCACUUGCCCUGGUCCCAGCGGGAGAGGCAGCUGCUGGGGACGUCCCCAGGAUCUAAAGAUAGCUGCCCUGGCUGGGAUUCCAAACGCCACCCAGCAGUGGGCGCCGCCAUGGCACGUCUUCCCUCUCCCACUCCUAUGAAGCCCCACCUCAACUCCUCUUCAGGCAGCACGCCCAGACCCUGUGGUAUGACAGGCCCAAGUAUGUGUUCAUGAAGUUUUGCGUUGAGGACAGCACUGAUGUCCAUGUGCUCAUUGAGGACCACCGCAUUGUGUUCAGCUGUAAGAAUGCAGACGGAGUAGAGUUGUACAAUGAGAUUGAGUUCUAUGCCAAGGUGAACUCCAAGGACUCCCAGGAUAAGCGCUCUAGCCGCUCCAUUACUUGCUUUGUGAGGAAAUGGAAGGAGAAGGUGGCCUGGCCCCGGCUCACCAAGGAGGAUAUCAAGCCAGUGUGGCUGUCUGUGGACUUUGAUAACUGGAGAGACUGGGAAGGGGAUGAAGAGGUGGAGCUGGCUCAUGUGGAGCAUUAUGCAGAGCUUUUGAAGAAGGUCAGCACCAAGAGACCACCCCCUACCAUGGACGACCUGGAUGAUGAUUCUGACAGUGCUGAUGCAACAAGUAACUAAUUUCUGUGACAGCAGGGCUGGGGAGAAGGCUGUGGCCAUCCUUCCGUUGCUCUGCAAAGCUAGAGCCGGGACCUUUCUCAGCUCUUUGGCUGUGCACCAAGGUCCUCUGGGAUCUCUGAUCCUUCCUAGAAGCUCUUUCUUAAGGAUCCUCCUUCAUGCUUUAUGUUUUCCUCCCAGGCACUUGACUAUGGUGCUGCAUCGGAUGGCACGAUGGGGGAGGAGUAGACUGUUGGGACUUCUGACUUCCUACUGAUUGGUUUAUAAUCUCUGUGUUUGGGCUGCUCAGUUAUUUGAGCAUGUGUGUGUACGUGGCAGGGCAAAAGCUAAAGAAGAAAUAUAUAGAUUAUAAUAAAUCUCUAGUAAGUGUAUAUAUGGGGCAGAGCAAAAGCCAAAGCAGAAACAUGGAGUAUAAUAAAUCUCUGGGAACUGUU